UACUGCAUUUAGAUGCAAUAAUUUAAAUUUUCUUAUUUUCUUUUGUAUUGAUUUUCUUUUGUAUUGAUUUUUUUGUCUAAGUUUAAUCAGUAUGAAAUUUGUACAGAUUUAGAGAGUAACAUGAAAGCCUCAAAUGUCUAACUUUGUAAAACACAAAUAAUUUAUAACAUUUCAGAGUUCUGUUUUUAAAUGGUAAAACAUGAUUGUCUAUAGACUUAUUUAGUGUUAAAUGAUUUAAACAUGAGUAUAAAUAAGACUUGCACUCCAAGGGCUGGUUUCGCAUUCCGGGCUUGAAUAAAACCAGGACUACACUAAUCUGGUCUAACUUAAUCCACACUAAUCCAACUGCUUUCUGAGACGUUUAACUUCAGAUUAACUAGUUCCAGACUACAGAGUCUCUGACUAAGGUAAUCAAGGAUUAGACAGAUCAUGGUGGAACGUGAAUUAGAUUAACAAUCUGCACAUGGUGCAAUGGUGAAGUUGCUCUUUAACUAUUUGCAAAAUGAUAAAUGUAGUCAAACAAAAUCAAACUGAUAACUUGUGGAUCACUCAGCUGUUUCCAGCUUUGUCUUCAUAAAAAGUGCUGCACAGCAAAGCUGUUUCUAUAAGCAUGUCCAGUUUUAUCCAUGGCUGAAACAAACUAUUUUAGCUGCAGUGUUUUUGUACAUACAAAAACGGUCACAGAAAUCUGUAUCAUCAAAUUUAGUCAGCGGGUUGCUUCUGUCUCAGAGAAAUCUUCUUUCUGGUCUUUGUGGUGGUCUUCCAGCAUCAUUGAUGUAGUAUAGUCAAGAUAAUCCAUUUUUCACAUCCACAGUGAAGCAUACAGUCUUUAAUCUGAAGUUAAACCUGCCUCUAGCCAGCUUUAAUUUAAGUCUUCAUUUAGACCUGGAUUAGCUCUAGUCUUCCUCUAAGAAAGAAKAKKAUUUAAUUCAAGACUAGGACAAGUCUGGGACUACUGAAAUCCAUAACUAAGAAAACUAUUUCAAUAAAUCCUGGUUUAAAAUGUGAUUUAAUCUAGAACUAGGCUUAAUCUCUGAACGGGAAACCGGCCCCAAGUGUUCUAUGUUGAUCCUAGAAACGCUCAGCAUAAACAGCAUGUGCAGGUGCAGAAUUAGAAAGACUAACAUUACUAUGUGUGACUAGAGCUUGUUGCAUGUUUUGAAAUUUUAUUAUGAAGGGGAUUCUACAAUGAGUCGGGCUGAGAAGAAAGAAGAGGCUGGUCUGUCCUCGAAUGACAGACCAUCUGAAGAUCAUGACAACCAAGAAAGACACAAAAGGACUGAGCUGAGAAAAACAAAAUCUGCUUUAUCAAACUGUAUAUCUGUGAAAAUUUGCAGUUUCAUGGAUUACACUGUUUGUUCCAAACUGUCUGAACAGAAAAACAUAAACUCUCCAACACCAAGCAUUGUGUCCUUAAAGAGCAACCAAUCCAUGGGUCACCCUCUUGGAUUUAAAGAGUCUGAACAGAAAGAUGGAAACUCUCCAACACCAAGCGUUGUGUCCUUGAAGAGCAACCAAUCCAUGGGUCACCCUCUUGGAUUUAAAGAGUCUGAACAGAAAGAUGGAAACUCUCCAACGCCAAGCGUUGUGUCCUUAAAGAGCAACCAAUCCAUGGGUCACCCUCUUGGAUUUAAAGAGUCCGAAAAGAAAGACAGAAACUCUCCAACACCAAGUGUUGUGUCCUUGAAGAGCAACCAAUCCAUGGGUCACCCUCUUGGAUUUGAAAAUGGUUCGUUUUCAAGAGUUCACCAAGAUCUAUCCAUCAGUAAUCAAACAGACCUGGACUCAAUAUUUGUGAUUCUUGAAAAGGACACAAUUACAUUUGUGAAGAGUGAGUUGAGGAAACUCCAAAGGCUGUUCGGCGCUGAUUCUCCAAAAAAUGUUAAAAGUCAACAUGACAGCGAAGAGUUUUUUUGUGAAUCACAAGCAAAGGAGGCACUUCUAAAUAUCAUUGUGUGGUUUUUGAGACUAAUGGAUGAAGGAGAAGUUGCAGACACCCUUCUGAAAAGUGAUUUUAUUCCAAGUCAGUCAGAGGAGAAUGACCAGGAUCGCUUGACCUCAAAUGACAAACCAUGCGAGCAACAGGUUGACUGGAAUAGAUCUGGAAGAACUCCCCAAAAAGUAAACUUGAACUCAGUAUUUAAGAUCCUUGAGGAGAAAAUAAUUUGUUUUGUAAAGAAUGAGCUGAAUAAGUUCCGUAAGCUUUUAAACCUGAAAAGAGUUUGUAACCAAGGUGAAGAACAGGUGUUUAACUAUAAGGAGGAAGAACAAGAGAUGAUCAAUAAAGAAGCUUUUCUGAAUAUAACCCUUCAGUUUUUGAGACGUAUGAAACAGGAAGAACUGGCCUACUCUCUAUUGAACAAAAACCGUGUGAUCACGUGCCACUGUCAACUCAAAUCUAAUCUGAAGAAAAGAUCUGCGUAUGUGCUCGAAGGGAUGGCUAAAGCAGACAGUCCAACCUUGCUGAAUAAGAUCUACACAGAACUCUACGUCGUUGAGGGAAACACAGCACACAUCAACAGGAAACAUGAAGUGAAACUGAUCGAAAAAGUUUUCAUGAAACCAGCCAGAGCAGAGACAAAAAUCAGAUGCGAAGACAUCUUUAAGCCCUUCACUGGAAGAGAGAAACCAAUCAGAACCGUGAUGACAGAAGGCGUUGCUGGCAUUGGGAAAACCGUUCUGACGCAGAAGUUUGCACUGGACUGGGCAGAAGGCAAAGCUAACCAGAACUUCCAGUUCAUAUUCCCAGUUUCUUUCAGAGAGCUGAACAUGAUAAAGCAGAAAGAAAUUAGUUUGAUUGAGCUUAUUCAUCUCUUCUUUUCUGAAAUCAAAGAAGCAGGAAUCUCCAGCUUUGAAGAGUUCCAGGUUUUGUUCAUCUUUGAUGGUUUGGAUGAGUGUCGGUUUCCUCUGAACCUAAACAGUGAAAAGAUCCUGACUGAUGUAACAGAACCCACCUCACUGGAUGUGCUGCUGACAAACCUGAUCAGAGGGAGAUUACUUCCCUCAGCUCGCAUCUGGAUAACAACCCGACCGGCAGCAGCCUAUCAGAUCCCUCCUGAACUUGUGGAUCUGGUCACGGAUGUGCGAGGGUUCAGUGAUCUACAGAAGGAGGAGUACUUCACGAAGAGAUUCACAGACGGAGAGCAAACCAGAGUGAUCUUCUCCCACAUCAAGAAGUCGCGAAGCCUUUACAUCAUGUGCCACAUCCCGGUCUUCUGCUGGAUCUCUGCCACAGUUCUUCAGGAUGCUUUUAAAUCCAGAGAGAAAAGAGAGCUGCCCACAUCCCUGACUGAGAUGUAUGUCAACUUCCUGAUGGUUCUGUCCAAAGUGAAGAUGGUAAAGUAUGAUGAAAAAGCUGAGACAGAUUCCAUCUGGAGUCCAGAGACCAGGAAGAUGAUCCAGGCUUUGGGAAAACUCUCUUUUGAGCAGUUAAUGAAAGGCAACCUGUUCUUUUAUGAAUCUGACCUGAUGGAUUGUGGCAUCGACGUCAGAGCUGCCUCACUGUACUCUGGAGUUUUCACAGAGAUCUUUCAGGAGGAGAGAGUUCUGUUCAACGAGAAGAUGUUUUGCUUUGUUCACCUGAGCGUUCAAGAGUUUCUGGCUGCUCUUCACGUCCACCUGACAUUCAUCAACACAGGAGUAAAUCUGCUGUCAGAGGAGGAAUCGACUCCCCAGAAAUCCAAAAUGUCGACAGGGACGUUGGACCUCUUUUAUCAGAGUGCUGUUGACAAAGCUUUACAGAGCCACGGACACCUGGACCUGCUCCUUCGCUUCCUUUUGGGGCUUUCGCUAAAAAACAACCAGGCGCUUCUAAAAGGGCUUUUGACAGAGAAAGAAACGGAAAACAGCUCCAGUCAGAACACGGUUCAGUACAUCAAGAAGAAGAUUAGCCAGAAUGUGUGCAUUUUGAAAACCAACAACUUAUUUUACUGCUUGAGUGAGCUGAAGGACUGUUCUCUGAUAGACGAGAUCCAGCAAACACUGAAAUCAGGCAGACUGCCAACAGAUAAACUGCCUCCUGCUUUGUGGGCAGCUCUAGGCAAUGUUUUACUGUCUUCAGAGGACAAUUUGGAUGUGUUCGAACUGAAGAAUUACUAUGAAUCAGAUGAAGCUGUAAUGGGUCUGGUAAUGAUGGUCGUAAACUGCACUAAAGCUGUGUUGAGUUGCUGUAACCUGACAGAGAUGUGCUGUAGUGACCUGGCCUGUGCUUUGAAAGCACAGUGCUUCGCUCUGAAGAAGUUGGACCUCAGUAACAACGACUUGAAGGAUUCAGGGGUGAAGAUGCUGUGUGAUGGACUACACAGUCCAAACUGCACACUGGAAAUGCUCAGCCUGUCAGGCUGUUUAAUCACUAAGGAAGGCUGUGCAGUGUUGGCAUCUUCUCUGGGUCUCAACUGUGCUCACCUGAAAGAGUUAGAUCUUAGCUACAACCAUCCCGAAGAGUCUGGAGUGAAGCUCCUUUCUGCUGGACUGGAGGACCCAAACUGGGCUUUGCAGGCUCUCAGGAUUGAGCCAGGUGGAUCACAGUAUUUAAAACCUGGUCUGAGGAAGUAUGCCUGUGAACUCGUCCUGGACUCCAACACAGCACACAGAGACCUCGUACUGUCUGACAACAACAGAAAAGUGACCAUCGCGACAGAAAAUCCUCCAUAUCCUGAUCAUCCAGAGAGGUUUGUCACAAUGAAACAGCUGCUGGGUAAAGAUGGUCUAACUGGACGGUGUUACUGGGAGGUUGAGUGGAGAGGAAGUGUUUACAUCGCAGUGACGUACAAAGGUAUCAAAAGAAGAGGAGGAAGUAACGACAGCAGCCUCGGAGCGAACAAUCAGUCCUGGUGUCUGCUGUGUUCUGAAGAUGGCCACUCUGUUCUGCACAAUAACAAAAUGACACACCUCCAAGGAGCCCCUUCAAAUAGAGUGGGGGUCUAUCUGGACUGGCCUGGUGGCUCUCUGUCCUUCUUCAGGGUCUCCUCGGACAAAAAGACCCACCUUUACACCUUCACUUUGACAUUCACAGAGCCUGUGUACCCUGCUUUCAGGGUGGAAACUGAGCCUUUAAAUUCAUUUGUUUUUGUUUUAGAUUGAACUAAAUGAGAUUUCCAGAUGGUUCUUAAAGCACUGUAAAACUGUGAGGAAACACUAAGAUUGUACAUUUUAAAAUAUGUAAAUUACCUUUAAUGUCCAGAGAACACCAAGAAGAGAAAGAAAAAGUGCCAAAAAUAUGAGAACUUGUAAAAGUUAAGAUUUCAAACAUCUACAGGUUGGAUUAGGAUUGUGUGGUUUCAUAUAUGUUUUUUUUUGUACAUACUGUGUUGUUCUGAUAGGCAUAUGUCAAGUUUCCAUAGAAAUAUCCACUUGAAAUAUCCAAUAAAAAUAAACAUCCAUAAAAUUCUUAA